UCUCUCACAUCAGACAAAACCGCCCCAAACUUCUUCCAGCACAUUCAGCCUGUCUGUGUUUUACAGUGCAUCGGCGAGAAGGGCUGGAGAUGGGAGGGUGUGAGAAGAGGAAGAGGAGGAUGGGGGGGAGGGGGGAGGAGGACGGUCCUGCUGUCAAACACAGAUGAAAAUCCAGCGGCAGGUUUCAGGAGGACACCGCCGUUAGGUAAUCGCAUUUAUCGUCUCCUCGGAAGCGGCGGGGGCGGGGGUCAGCGGACACCGAGCGCCGAGCUGCGCACAAAGAAAUCAGUUUCAUUCCGUUCCCUCCAACUCCGGAGCUGCUGGAGAGGCGACGUGUGCGUGUAGCCCGGUGACGGUGCACGGACACACACCGAGCCCAAACUUCAGACUGGAUUCAGAAACUGGAGCCGGAGCAGCGCCUGUGCCUCGUAAUUGGCGCAGUUACGCGGACGGUUGUGCGCCAGUCUCAGUGGCCGAGGAGCGGCUUCUAGAGAACAUGAACGGGACACGUUAAAGAGCCGAGGCGGCUCGUCUCCGCGCUGAGAGUUUCAGUGGAGCUUCCGUAAAACUGCGGUCAGUCGGACAUAAUAAAAUCUCACCCAUCCCGUCACACAUCCAGCUGCCAGCAUGCCCAUCAUCAGCAAUGCCAACCACGACUUCAGCACCUACUCCAUCAGCAGCGACGACAGCAGCCUCGACCGCUUCUUCACCGAGAUCCCGGAGACCGAGACCCUCAAAGGCGUUUACUUCCAGCGCGCCCAGCUGCUGCGCGACCCGAAGGCCUCAUACGUGGUCGACCGCACCUUGCAGGUUCUGAUCAAUGUCGGCGGCAACCGCUACACCUUCCCCUGGAGCACCCUGGAGCAGUUUCCUCAGAGUCGUCUGGGUCGCCUGCGCUUCUGCACCACCCCCGAGGAGAUCGCACGACUCUGCGACGACUACGACGAAACCUGCCAGGAGUUCUUCUUCGACCGAAACCCAACAGCCUUUAGGGUCAUCCUCAACUUCCUGGCGGCAGGCAAACUGCGUCUGCUCCGGGAGUUAUGUGCCGUUUCGCUGCACGAUGAGCUCGACUACUGGGGCGUGGACCCCGGACAUAUGGAGCGCUGCUGCCGCCGUCGCAUGAUGGCCCGGGUGGAGGAGGUGGCGGAGCGGGAGCGUAAGGAGGAAGAGUGGAGGCAGAAGAGGAUGAUGCUGAAGAAGAGCAGCACACAGACGGAAAAGGGCUAUCGCAGACUGAUCGUGGUGCUGCGCGAUAUGGUGGAGAACCCUCACUCCGGCCUGGCCGGGAAGAUGUUCGCCUGCCUCUCCAUCGUCAUGGUGAUGGUCACCGUCAUCAGUCUGUGCAUCAGCACUAUGCCGGACCUCCGAGAUGAGGAGACGAAGGGCGAGUGCUCCCAGAAGUGUCACAACAUGUUCGUGGUGGAGUCCAUCUGCGUGGCCUGGUUCACCUUGGAGUUUGUGCUCCGAUUUAUUAACGCCCAGAGCAAGCUGGCCUUCGCCCGCGGCCCGCUCAACAUCAUCGACGCCGUUGCCAUCCUGCCGUACUACGUGUCCCUGGUGGUCGACAUCAAAGACGAGUCGCAUGAGGAUGUCAUCAUGGGGGCCGGCAGAGGCUACCUGGACAAACUGAGCCUGAUCCUUCGCCUGCUGCGAGCCCUGCGGAUCCUCUACGUGAUGCGGCUGGCUCGCCACUCUCUGGGCCUGCAGACGCUCGGGGUGACCAUGCAGCGCAGCAUGAGAGAGUUCGGCCUCCUGCUGCUGUUUGUCUGCGUGGCCGUGACCCUCUUCUCACCACUGGUUCAUCUAGCCGAGAGCGAGCUGGCGCCAUUUGCCGCCACGCACCCCCACCACAGCUUCAGCAGCAUCCCGGCCUCCUACUGGUGGGCCAUCAUCUCCAUGACCACCGUGGGCUACGGCGACAUGGUGCCGCGCAGCAUCCCCGGACAGAUAGUGGCGCUGACGAGUAUCCUGAGCGGCAUCCUCAUCAUGGCGUUCCCGGCCACCUCCAUCUUCCACACCUUCUCCCGCUCAUAUCAGGAGCUCAAGCAGGAGUACAAGCGGGUGUGGAAGGAGGAGCGGGACGAGGAAAUAGCCGCCGAGUCGGGGAAGAGCUGCUCCAAGGAUGAUUCUUCACUAGAUGAGCUCAAAUCCGUGUCGAAGAAUGGGAACGACGGGAUGAAGUCGAGCAAGACUCCCACGCUUCCGUCUGCAGCGUUCUGAUGGAGGUCAUGUGACACUUUUGGUUCAUUAUGUGUUAAAAACUUUCUCCUUCCCGUACAUUAAAACUCUGGAGCAAUUGUGCGAUGAACAAAAUAAUAUUCCACGCUCUAGAUUCAUGUUUCCAUCAAAGUGUGUCCCCAACUUAUCAGGUUGUAGUCGCCUCUUAACUUCCACCAGGUCACUGAGGUUUGUUUACAUCAAUCUGAUCUUGAUCCUGAUUUUGGCUCCUCCAAUAAAAAGGAAAUCGAGCGCUCCCUAAAUCAGCGUCUGACCACCUGCCUGCGUGAGCCAAUCGCAGCUGUCCCCUGCACUGUGCCGCCGGCUCCACUGAUUAACCAAGAAGAUGUUAUGCAAAGAGUGCAGGAGAGCUGCGUCUGCACCAUAAAGCAACACAAAUAACCCGAGAACACCCAGAACUGUAGAGUAACAAUCACCCAACAUCAGCUCAGACGUCCAUGACAGCGAGGCUGUGCAGCAUCCACUCACAGAGAAACACCCAAAUCGCAUUUCACGUGGUCAAAGAUAAGUGCCGACUAACCACGGUGAGUAAUGAGAGCUUUGGGAAAAUGGUCAGCUUACUGGCAAAACAUCUGUUGUUACCUCAUGCAGUUGUUUUUCAAAGCAGCAAAACGUCGCUCGUGCAGGAACAACAAACACAGACUUUAGAUCUUCCUUGUAGGAGAUGAACGAACACUUGAUUCAUCUGCAGAUAUUCAUUUAUAAAGAAUAACUACAGGAAUGUUGCAUUAUGUAAAAGUGGAAGCAGCACCCUGCUGAUUUAAAUUUCUGCAAAGUUUUGCGAAAAAAUGUUAUGAAUUUAUUUUAUUAUGGUGCAAAUAUUUGUACAGAUGUGAAACCAUCGAAAAAUCCGUGAACGAUUGUAACAAAUAAUCAAAGUAACGGCUUAAACCGUGCAGCCGCGCUGAACAUUCAUCACUUUUUAUGGAGUUUUAGGGAAAAAACAACACAAAAGGAAUAUAACAUCUUCUGGUUUUUCCUGCAGCUAAAACAAAGUCCGACUGUAACUCUGCACACGUCACUGCUGACCUGGUGGAUGUUAGAGGUUCAAGUGUCCUGUUUCCAGCCGUGUUUGUUUUUAAUGACGAGCUCGGCGUAUGUAAAGUAAUCCCUGUGCACCGCUGUGCUCUACACGCUCCGUUUAUCGCAGGUUUUUCUAUCGUUGGCUCUCUGUGAUGUCAAGUGGAUCUCCUUAUAUGGUCAUCUCCAGUCCACAGCCCUGGCUGUGAGUGCAGAACCACCCCAUGUUCAAACCUUUGUGUCUGUGAGCCACUCAGAAGAUUGCUUUAAAAGGGGGAGGAGCUAUAAGAGUUCAACGCUCAGUAAGAUAUGAAAGCGUUGUUUGGUAUCGUGAGUCAGAGCAAAAGCAGGGAGCUGGAAAUGAGUCGUUCCCAAAGCCUUUCCCGAACGUUGAAUUCUCCCUUUGUUUUCUGAGGAGCUCCAAACUGUGGUCUUAAUAAUCUUACUCCUCUCUGUGGCUGCUAGGAGACACUGUGUCUGUAGUAAUACACUAUUUUUGUACACACACACACACACACACAGUGCACCAAUCCAAUUACAGUAUGAUUGUCUGGAGAGCAUCAGUGUAAUGGAAGAUCACAUUUCUUCCUCUUGGUUCUUUCAGUUUUAAUCAGAUAACUGAAAGAAGAUUCUCAGCAUCGUCUUUUCUUCCCGUUUGCUUUCGGACUGUGACGCUGACCCGGCUCUCGAGUUUCGGGAUGUUGGAGUGUCCUCGAAUGGACCAUCGGCGCUCGCAGAACUUCACUGUGAUGGAUUGCACAGCACAGACGCCGUCACGUCUCAGAGAGGAUUUUUCAGAGGGAGUCGAUGGCAGCCUGGAGGGAAGAAAGUCAUUUAAAAACCAAUCAGCGGAGGUGUCGAAGCAUUUUUGAGAACCACCAACUCGGUCCUUUAAUGUGCACAGAAAUUCGUGUCCUUCAUUCUUUAACCGCUCACGUCUUUCUGGCAUUUUUAAAAUAAAAUUACACUUGGAUUCAUUUGCUGUGAUGAAUGCUUUGGAUUGUUUUAUUGCACUCGAAGCUCCCGAGCAGUUUUAACGACUACACGACAGAAAAAUGUGACUUAAAAAGAGGCCUUAGAGAACGAGAUGGUGGGCUGCACUGUAUUGAAUGGAAGGACUAGUUAGCAAUGAGAAAAAUGCAACACUGCAGUCAGCAGCGAUGAAUUACACACUGUGGUAACGACUUCCUGUGGAGCUUUAUUAUAAAGAAACUAAAACGGUGUUUAAAUGCAAAAGUCACCCUCCUUCAGUGACCGGCUAAUACCAGAAAUGACCGUAAAGCCUGCAGUUCCUCUACCGUCCAGCAGAGGCAGCAGUGAGUCAGUCCCCAUAGACCCCCAUGUUAAAGCUUUACAGCAGAAACAAACAUGUUUACAGCCUGAUACACAAACUGUUUCAUCUCUAUAGAUAAUUUUCCUAACAUAACACCUGUUUUAUAACUCACCUGGAUUAAAGUUUGUAUUAUUAGGGGCGUGGCAUCACUGACUGACAGGUGGAUGGUGACACAGGUGGCUGUAGCUGCUAGCUCUUUGCUAGACUUCACCUCAGCUAACUGGAGUCCCUGAACUGGCCCUGUGGACUGAGAUGUUAUGUAUCUGUGUCUGUGUGAUCCUCUCGUUCACUCUGCCUUCUUUUCCCAGCUUAAAACAAAUCUAGAACAUUUAAAAAAAUAAAUAAAAGUGGAGCCUCCUGAUGGCGUCUAAAUCUUGGACAGAAUUAUUCACACCUCUGCUGAUAGAAAUGUAAUGUCAGAUCAAAUAUGGUCCUCACUGUAAGACGGGCAGGCAGACUGAUGAUGCUGAAAUUUGGCAGGAAAUCAGCUCCAGAUGGCUAAUUUCUGUGUUUCCUUUCAGUAAAACAGAAAAGUUUCAGAUGAGAAAUCUGCAGGGAGUUUGUGCUUUUUGCCCUGAAUUACAUUCAUUUGUGCAGCUCAUACACAUUAAACAGGCUGAAAUAAACUGGAGCUGCUGUAACUCUGCCGUCACAGCUUCAUGCACAUUUCUACUCUGAACAAAAACCAAAAGGUCUGACUUUGAUGUAUCUCAUUAUUAGAUUUUGUCAUCAGUUUAAAUUCAGCUGCACUUUUCCUCCAAAUGAUUUGUGCUGGAAGCCGGACGGAUCAUUUCUGUGCUUGCUGCCUUUGUGUGCAUGGCUGUCUUCAGAUGUGUCGUCACGCUGACAUCUGCUGUUAUCGUUCGUGUUCGAGACGCAGAUGGAGGCUGUGCGAGAGCCUCUUUCUGUCUCUGCAGAACUUGUUUGACACUUGUUGGCACGACGGCUUCGGUUUAAAUUACAAACAAUGGGAACAUUGAAGUCCAACAGGCACUCGUUCUUCUCUUCUAUCACUUCUUGUUUUCCUCCAACCCGCAUGGCCUGCUGUCCUCACAGGAGACGAGGCUAACGGCGUGACGCUCACGUGUCCUUCACCCCCUGCAUCUUCUCCUUCAUCAUCCUUUGUCCGAUAUAUCCAAUAUAUCCACUCUCCCCCGUCUGCACAUGUGCAAACCAUCUCAGCCUCGCUCUUCUAACUUCUAACUAACUCCAAACCACAAAAUAUUCUAAACAGCAGCACAUGAGCGGUCCUAGGUUUUAUGAGCCCCGCCCCCAAACCGUGUACUCCUAGCAACAGUCUCAAGCUUAGAUAAAUGAGGACGGUUGAAUCAGGAAGGGCGUAAAUCCAUAAUAUCCAAAUCAAACAUGCAGAUCAUCAGCUGCACUAAUAAUGAAAUAAACAAACUGAUUGAUAUUAAUAAAUAAAGUUCACUGAGUAGUGGACGCCACAGUUUUGACUGUAUUGAAAGAGCUGUAGCGGUGCUUUGGCGCACCCUGCUGGUGAUAUAUGGUCCACCAUAAAGAACAUAUUAUGGAUCCAAAAAGGAUGCUCUUCAAUCUCAGAGUCUAAACAAGUAACAGAAUGUGGACGUCAGAGCUGGACCCUGGUGGAGAGUUAAAUGCCUGGGAAGAAGCUUCUCGGAUGAGAGGUGGAACAAAGAAGUCCAGUCGCUUUUCUUUCCAAGCUCCUCAGACUGGAAAGACUUUAAACUUUGCACAAGAACUUAGACAAGCUCUAAAUAUUCACAGAAUCCAAACACUUUAAAAGCACCAAGGUCCUGGGACCAUGCAGCCUCAGGGCCGUAUCUGCUCCUUUGUGCAGGGAGAACAAAUCAGUAACACGUUUGGGACCAAACCUUCAGAAACAAGCUCUACGAGGGGCGGCGUGAGGAACCAACCAGCUCGACUGUCCAGGGGACCAGAGGACAACUGGCAGGUCGCCACUAGUGACCCGAUCCCGUCACAGGUGAGAUCAGGUUCACAGUGGGUACACGUGACAGACGUGGAAGGCUGAACGAGCUGCAGGGCGCUGGGCGGCGAGCGCAGGUCGGAAUAAAAGAUGUCGAUAAAAUUAGAGAGAAAUCAGUCAGGAGGGACAAGCAGAGAGCGCCAGCUGCUAAACUACUGCCUGUUUGGUUGUCUUGUUCUUUCCUCGCCAGUGCAGGUGAACUGCACACAGCGAACGCUGUGAGGAUCAUGUGAUCAUGUGUUAACACCUUUUAACAUUAUUCACAACAAACGUGGAAAAGCUGGACCGAACGCGCUGCUUACACAUGAACCCACACAUGGAAGGGAAAACCAAAGCCCGAGGCAACAUUUCCUGAUUGGACUGGAACUUUUUAAAGGUUAUAAUUUUUGCAUCUGCUCUCGGAUGCUCUUCUCAUUUUGUGAUCACGUCUGACGUUUUCUGUUUGUCUGCUCUUAACCGUACACUGGCCUCAAGAACAGAGAUCUCAAUCUUAAUGUAAUAACCAGCUCAAAGAAAGCGUCUAAUAAAUAAAAGGAAACCAAGUCAAUCACAGCUCAUCCAGUCCCUCAUACAGGACAUGCCUGUAGUUUAACCAAUAAUCUUUGUAGUUUGUUUCAUAAAUAAAUAUGCUGUAGGAACCUCGAUGCAGUUUAUGGAGUUUAUAUGUUCAACAUAAUUUGGCUUAAUGAUUAAAACUAUAAAGUUAUGGCUCACUUGCUUAGAGUUGUAUUAUAUUGGAAGGAAUAUUUACAGACUGACAUGUUAAGAAUAAUGGAAUAAGUUCUUAGCUUGAGUUCUUGUGCUUAAAAUGAAUGCUUUUAUUUUGAUAGGGGACAGGAAGGGUUUUUUUAACCUGUCAGUGUCUCUGCAUCUGUUUGAACUUUGUCUUUGAUAAUUCUGGAUUGAGUCACCGUCUACCUGAGAGGGACAAAUUGUCUCCACUGAAACGUCUCAUAAUAUUAUCUAAGAACAGCACGUAUAAUGUGACAAGCUUGUGGAACUCCAUGACUAACCUUUGUGUGUGAGGAAGACAUCCAACUCAGAUUCAAACUCCAAAAUAAAUUGCAGAGAAUACUAAAGUUCAAAA